AUGACAGAAGACAAUUGUUUCGUUUAUGCUUGCAUUCAGGCUGGAGUAGAUGAAGAAACUAUUGACCACAUGAGAGAAGUCAUUCGUGUUAGAGACUUUCCUCAAAGUAAAGUACAAGAAAUUUCUGACGCAACAGGUAUAGCAUUUAAUGUUACCAUUGGUUAUUUCAAUGACUCAAGACAUAAUGAAAUAAAGAGAUAUAUACCAAAAGAAUGUGAAACUGCUCGAACUAUUGACUUACUUCUUGUUGAAGACCACUACAUGCUAAACGAAAGAUUACCAAUGACAACAUAUUUCAUUCGCAACUAUAUAGAAAUCUUGAAGGAGUGUGGUGGAAUGAACAUUGAGAAACAAAUGAAGAUUUAUACAAAGAGAGAUGGUAAAUACAUUGUUCGCAUGGAUAGAACAACACCGUUAUGGGAUGUUAUGAAAACAUUGUGGGAGUGCAAAUAUUUUGAACCUAUUUCUUAUGGAGAACUUUUCACAUAUACGACUGACUUAUAUAAACAGAACCUUGCACCAUUUAAAGAUUUGACAUAUGCUCCAAAGUAUUGUGUACAACUGAAGAAGAAAGCAGAGUCAAAAGAAGUAAAUAAAGCUAAAUGUAAGUUCAUUCCUGAGCAUGUUUUCUUUGCUGACUUUGAGUGCAGUACCGAUGGCUUUCAUAAAGCUUUUAACAUCUGUUAUGACAGUGAAGAUGGUUCAGUGAGUGAAAGCAUAUGGGGUCAGAACUGUGCAACAGAAUUUUUGGAACGACUUCCUGACAAGAGUUUAAUAUAUUUCCAUAACCUCAGUUAUGAUAUAAACUUCAUCUUAAGACACAUGACAGAAGUGAAAGGAACUCCCAUCAUUAAAGGUUCACGAACAAUGCAAAUAACUG